AUGGCUGCUGCACAGCUCACUCCCAUAGCAAGCUUUCCUUCUUCCUUCCUGUGCUCGUCCGGCGAGGCGGUGUGGGGCCACUUGCAAACCGUGCUGGAGGGCGCGGCUGCCACUCACCACGACAGCGCCUCAGGUCCGACGCUGCGGCCGCCCGGCGGUACUAUCCGCCAGAGCGACUUCUGCUAUCGCGCUGCCGUCCGCGUGGGCACCUGGAAGGUGACGCGGGCCUUCAUCGACGGGCAGCAAGUGGGCUUCGUGGUGCACCACGAAUCCGUGUCGCCGCUGGAGCUCCUCAAGCGAGCGGCCGCCGUCGGCAUCUCGCACGGCCAAACGCACGCCGACAAGGGCAUCGUCUACGUCAACCGCUACGAUUGGUCGUGGCACCACGGCAAGGAGAACGACGUGACCGACGCGCUGGGCACCGAUCCGGCCGACGUGAGCGAAUGGGGCGACCCGCUGGUGACCAGCUACCGGGGCGGCCGUCUCUUCUUCAUGGACGCGCAAGGCGUGCCGGCCUUUCUCGAGGCCUUGAAGCCCGGCCAGCUUUGCACGACCAAGUCCGAGCUGGAGGACUGUGCGGCUCUGAAGAGUGGAGCAGGCGAGCCAUUUGGGGUCCACGUAACGAUGCCGGACACCGAAUACGAGCUGGGCUGGCUGGCCUUCAGCGACAACAAGCACGAGAAGUUCGACAAAUCGGACGAGCUGGUCGGGCUGAUCUACGACGGGGUCUACUCGUGCCUCCGCAACGGGGACGACGAGGAAGGCCAGCCAUCUGUCGACUAA